GAACAGGAAGAAGAGUGAGAAAGAGAGAGAGAGAGAGAGAGAAGGAGAGAAUGUCUGCUGAGAGGGUGGCUCUUCCUUGCUCACAAACCGGCCCUCGCUGAGACAUCAUGGGCUGUAUUGGCUCCCGGACCAUCACGGCAAAUGCAGUUCCUGUUCAAAAAGAUGGGGAGCAGGAGUCGUUCACAAGCUGCACACAUUCAUCACUGGCAAACGAUAUGGCAAGUUCGCAGCUGUCCAUGGAGGACACCAGUUCCAUCUUACCUCGUCUGAAGCGGAACUCCAACGCCUAUGGGAUUGGAGCUCUGGCUAAGUCCUCUCUGACAGGUGUGUCAGGCGUUUCUAGAUCGAUGAAGGACAAAGUGACCAAGCCCACUGCCAUGGCUCAGGGUCGUGUGGCCCAUAUGAUUGAGUGGCAGAGUUGGGGCGUACCAUCAGCAGGGCCGGAGGGGGGAGCGGGUCGCGCCAAUCUUAAUCGUGAGAGGGAGAGACGGCUGGAAAAUGAUGCCUAUAGUGACUUGAGUGAUGGAGAAAAAGAGGCACGAAUGGCAGCAGGAAUUUUGCAGCAGUUUGCCAUCUCUGAAGCCACACUUUUAGGCUGGACAUUUAUGGAUGGAGACAGUCUCUGUGCCGACUCCAACCAGGGCAGUGUAGCUCACCUCAGUGAGGUCAACCAGGAGAGCAUCACCAGCAGAGACCAGCCAUUGCACCAUUCUUCUGCAGAAGUGUGGCCUCACACCUAUGUCUCCCAAGGCCUUUACUGCCUCUCCUCCUCUGAUGCAUGGGAGCCAAUCAGCAAUGAGCCCUCGGGCGUGGCCUCUCCUGCUACUAGCUCAUAUAUCAUGGCGGGCGGGGCUUCAGGUGAGGGUUACGAUGGCUCCACCCACUAUUUGACACAGCAGCAGCUGACAUUGCAGCAGCAGAACAACUUACAGCAGUUCCAGCAGUAUCAGCAGUACCAGCAGCAACAGCUCCUGCAAUACCAACAGACUUUGGAACAUCGACUGCACAGCGCCUCCCAUUCCCUGCAGGCCACACCCAACAGCACUAUACAUAGUUUGGGCCCACCUACUCACCCGAGAUUGGCUGACUUGUGGGCUUCGGCUCAGGUGGAGCCUCAUCAAGUAGAGAUGAUGGGACAAAUAAGUGUCACCAUGGGAGAAAUGGGAAUGGCGGAAGUGUACGGAGAAGAGUCUGUCCCAGAGAAUGAAUGCAUUCCUGAACAGCAAGAGGAGGAGGAAAUCAAGGAGGACGAUAUAACAUUAACUCUUGAACCUGAGCCCACAUCUGUAACUCCUGCCCUGACCCCUCCACUUCAGAGAGCAGACUUCACCCCACCAGGGGGCAUGAGUCCAGGACAAGCACCAGCAGAGCCAUUGGCUGAGCACAUGACCUAUGAGGUCACAUCCUGCGUCGUUCAAUCACUGGAGGAGAAGGAAGAGAAGGUGAAGGAUGGAGCCGUUUUAGUUGUUGCAACCAACUAACAGUUCAAUUCAAAGCAAUGGACAAUAUGGCAAACAAAACAAAACUGUCUGUGAAAUAAUCUACCAGUUAACUAUUGUAAACACCCUUUUACCCCCAAUAUGUACUCCUAUGGACUGUCUCAUAUGGCGAAGCCAUGACAGGAACAGAUUUAUUCUUUAUUAACUAACGGUGAUGGAGGACAAGGUGACAGAAUAGACUCUCGGAGGGCACAUAUAGAGACUAAAUAUGUGUCAAAGCUCGGAUUGAUGCAUUAUGUGCUGCUGUGGAAUGCUAGAGUUUUAUGGCAUAGGAGAGGUGGAGUCCAAGUACACUUGCAAAUUAAUUUGAAAAGUGCAAUACUGAGAAAUCAAUACAACCAAAAGA